UCCCAAAGAAAAACAAGAUUUUGACAUCAACAUGGGUGGUAAACUUGAAGGCAUCGGUGCAAGACUUCAGACAGAUGGAGAUUUUACAAAAGUAUCAAGCGUAGUCGUAGGUGGACCAGCAUGGAAAACCAAAAAACUUCAAGAUGAUGAUGUCAUCCUUAAAGUAGCUCAAAAAGGACAAGAUCCUGUAGACAUCACAGGAAUGAGAGUCGAUGAUGUAGUUCAG